AUGGGCAUCACAGACAGAGCUGUCAAGCAAUUAAAAGUCAUUCAAGAAAGAGAAAAGGAUGCCGAACAAAUGUUAAGAGUCCUUGUUGAUUCAGGAGGAUGCCAUGGAUACCAAAACAAAAUGGAAUUAACAAACACAUUAGACGAAGAUGAUACAGUAUUUGAAAAAGACGGUGUUCGAGUGGUUGUUGAUAGUGUAUCACUUCAAUUCCUAAGAGGAUCUAUGGUAGACUAUGUACAAGAAUUGAUAGGAUCAACAUUUCAAGUGAUUGAUAAUCCUAAUGCAAAGCACAGUUGUGGUUGUAAUAUUUCGUAUGAUAUUGACCUUGAUAAAAUUUAUUGA